AUGGAAAAAACCAAAACAAAGCAAGGAGAGAAUGAACAUAUGCCAGUGAAUAAUCCUUCUACACAGAUCUACCAGUUGCAGGCCCUGGCCUCGGAACUGAAAACUGGUUUCACAGAAGCAAUGCAGGAGCUCUCACGAAUCCAACAUGGAGAAUAUGCUUUGGAAGAGAAGGUUAAAAGCUGCCGAUGCUCCAUGGAAGAAAAAGUUACUGAGAUGAAGAACUCACUAAACUAUUUCAAGGAAGAGCUGAGCAAUGCAAUGUCAAUGAUUCAGGCUAUCACUUCUAAACAAGAAGAAAUGCAACAGAAAAUUGAACAACUUCAACAAGAGAAGCGAAGAGAAUCUCGCAAAGUUAAAGCCAAGAAAACUCAAAAAGAAGAACAUGGUACUCAGGCUGGGCCUGCACAAACACAAGGAAGUCCCUUCCGUUCCAUCAAUAUUCCUGAACCUGUUCUUCCAAGUGAAGACUUUACCAAUAUUUUGCCUUCUCAGGCCUAUGAAAAAGCCCAAGAGUCCAGAUCUGUCCAUGUAGGAGACAGCAACGUGAAGGGAAUGAUGGGUCCUGCCGUGAACCCAGCAACUCCAGAAGCAGAUGACAACGUGAAGUCUUGCCUCUCAGCUGAUAUCCAGUCCAAGAGCCAUCUGUCAUCUGGUGUGUGGAGGCAGCCUAAGGAUGGCAAAGAGUGGGGCGAGGAAUAUGUCACAAAAGACCACCCCGAUAAACUCAAAGAAGUGGGCCAGGGUAGACACAGCUCCCUGGAAAAUGUUUUAUGUGAAACUUCUUUAGCUGCUAAAAGACAAACUGUGGCUCUAGAACUGCUUGAAUCUGAAAGAAAAUAUGUCAUUAAUAUCUCUCUGAUCCUGAAGAUUAAGGCAACAUUCCAGGGGUCCGAUGGAAAGAGGAAUUCCAAAGAGAGAAGCCUCUUCCCUGGCUCUUUACGAUAUCUUGUCCAGCAGCAUCUAGAUUUGCUCCAUGCACUGCAGGAAAGGGUCCUGAAGUGGCCACGCCAAGGAGUCCUUGGAGAUUUAUUCCUUAAGUUAACAAAUGAUGAGAAUAAUUUCUUAGAUUACUAUGUUGCCUACCUGAGGGACUUGCCUGAGUGCAUCUCAUUGGUUCACGUUGUUGUUCUGAAGGAGGGUGAUGAAGAGAUUAAAUCCGACAUCUACACACUGUUUUUUCACAUAGUCCAGCGCAUUCCAGAAUAUCUGAUACAUCUGCAGAAUGUUCUGAAGUUCACAGAGCAGGAACAUCCUGACUAUUACCUACUACUGGUGUGUGUUCAGCGCCUUCGAGUAUUUAUCUCACACUACACUCUACUGUUUCAAUGCAAUGAGGAUUUGCUUAUUCAGAAGCGGAAAAAGCUCAAGAACGCCGCCGCCGCCUCCGCCCGCGGCGCGCCGCGGACCUUCUUCCCCCAACAGCGGUCCCAAAGCGAAAAACAGACCUAUUUGGAAGAGAUGCAUUUAGAAGAUACCACCCGAUUCUGUCCGAGGGAAGAAAGAGAAAGUGAACAAACAUCUUUCAGCGAUCAAAACCCCAGGCAAGACCAGAAAGGGGGCUUUCGCAGCUCCUUCCGCAAGCUCUUUAAAAAGAAGUCCAGUGGAUCAGAAUACAGGGAAAAAACUAAUGAGAAUCCCUCAAUGGAUCCUUCACCCACCAAACAAGAUUUCUUCAGAAACCGACUUGCUCUUGCAAAUGACCUUGACCAAGGAACAGCUGUGUAAAACAUUUAAAAGUGUAUUGUCAAGUGGUAAGAUGAGGAUUAAAAAAAGUGUAUAUAUCUGUGUAGGAAUAUAUAUAUAUAUAUAUCAAUGUAUAAAUCCCCAAGGAAAACAAAUAUAAAUACUUACACAUGAAACUAAAAUCAACAUACAAGACAUGAAGAGAUGAAGAUUAGUCAAUGGUUAAGAUCUGGCUUUUUGAACCUCAACACUUGGGAAAAGGGAACUGAAGACUUUUCACAUCAUUACAGAAAAACACAAUAAAU